AUGAAAUGCCGAGGACCCGCUCCGCUUCUCUCGAAGCGCCACUUGCGACUUCUCUUGCGCACCUCUGCUCAGGGAAACCUGUCCGCCGCCCAGCUUAAGAUCGAUCUCAGCCUGCCGGUGUCCGUCACCACCGUGCAGCGCAUUUUGGCCGAUGUCGAUUGGUUUGUAUACACCAAGAUGGAAAACACGUUGCCGCACACGGUCGCGGACAUGAGUGCGCGCAAAUUCUGGGCCAAGGACAUGCUGUUGCAUGAGGAUGCCGGAUCCGUCUUGGACUCCAUUAUUUUCUUGGACGAGAAAAAAUGGUAUCUUGACGGGCCCGACGGCAUUCAGCACUACUGGAGAGAUGUGCGCCAGUUUGUCCGCCAGAAGAAGCGUCGUCAAGCUGGAGGUGGGUCCACCAUGAUUUGGGCCGCUUUUAGCGCUUGUGGCAAGUCUCCACUUGUUGUGCUGACGGGGAGGCAGAAUUCGGACGACUAUGUUUAUACAGUGUCUGAAUAUCUUCGACCAUUUGCGCAUCUGACCUAUGGUGAAGAUUUUAUUUUUCAACAGGACAACGCAAGCAUACAUGUUUCAGACCGUAGCCGCGAAUUCUUCAGUAAAGAGGGUAUUCAGGUGCUUGACUGGCCAUCAAAGUCUUCUGGUCUCAACCCCAUCGAGAAUUUGUGGUCUAUCGUUAGCAGGCAAGUGUACGCCAAUGGAACACAGUUCGAGUGCGUGUCUGAGCUAAAGGCUGCGCUAAUUGCAGCUUGGAAUGCAAUUUCGAAUGCCACACUUGUGUCGCUUGUUCGCUCGAUGCCGCGACGAUGCAUUGAGGUCAUCGAGAAGAAGGGCAGUAAAACCCACUAUUAA